GAAGGGCUUAGCUCCUGCGUUCGCUCAGCCACCGCCAGCACCCGGAGGGACCGGAGCCGGACGCACGGCCCCGUGCUGGGUAGGGUCGCAGCUGCCAUGGAUAGCGACGACGAGGUAGUGGAGGAAGCCGUGGAAGGGCACCUGGACGAUGACGGAUUACCACACGGGUUCUGCACUGUCACCUACUCCUCCACAGACAGAUUUGAGGGCAACUUCGUGCAUGGAGAAAAGAAUGGACGUGGGAAAUUCUUCUUCUUUGACGGCAGCACCCUGGAGGGAUACUAUGUGGAUGAUGCCCUGCAGGGCCAGGGCGUUUACACCUAUGAGGAUGGAGGUGUUCUGCAAGGCACCUAUGUGGAUGGGGAGCUGAAUGGGCCAGCCCAGGAGUACGACACCGACGGGAGGCUGAUCUUCAAGGGACAGUACAAAGACAACAUUCGACACGGAGUGUGUUGGAUCCAUUACCCAGAUGGAGGCAGUCUCGUCGGGGAAGUCAAUGAAGAUGGGGAGAUGACAGGGGAAAAGAUAGCCUACGUGUACCCUGAUCAGAGGACUGCGCUCUAUGGGAAGUUCAUUGAUGGAGAGAUGCUGGAAGGGAAGCUGGCCACCCUCAUGGCCACAGAAGAAGGGAAGCCACACUUUGAACUGACAUCGGGAAGUUCCGUGUUCCACUUUGAUAAAUCGACUUCCUCCUGCAUCUCUAGCGAUGCCCUCCUUCCAGACCCUUAUGAGUCCGAGAGGGUUUAUGUUGCCGACUCUCUCAUCUCCAGUGCCGGAGAAGGACUGUUUUCCAAGGUAGCAGUGGGACCCAAUACUGUCAUGUCAUUUUAUAAUGGAGUCCGAAUUACACACCAAGAGGUUGACAGCAGGGACUGGGCCCUAAAUGGGAACACUCUCUCCCUGGAUGAGGAAACAGUCAUUGAUGUGCCUGAGCCCUACAACCACGUGUCCAAGUACUGUGCCUCCUUGGGACACAAGGCGAAUCACUCCUUUACUCCAAACUGCGUCUAUGACAUGUUUGUCCAUCCCCGUUUUGGGCCCAUCAAGUGCAUCCGCACCCUUCGAGCUGUGGAGGCUGAGGAGGAGCUGACCGUUGCCUACGGCUAUGACCACAGCCCCCCGGGGAAGAGUGGGCCCGAAGCCCCCGAGUGGUAUCAGGUGGAGCUGAAGGCCUUCCAGGCCACCCAGCAAAAGUGAAAGGCUUGGCCCUGGGUUCCAGAGACCUGGGAUAGAAAUCCGGAUCUAUGCACUACAUUUAUCUGACAACGGGACAACCAGGGACUGUUCAUGCCGUGACUUCACAUCCUCUCACCCUGCGUUAGCAACGACUCCUCUCGCAUACUAACUAGGUUUGACUGUAUUACUCAUACCAGAUUUAAAAUUAGCUAGCCUUGCAACAAAGCCCUACUGAGAGGGACUGUCGAACUGUGGGACAACAUGAUGUUCUUUGAUGGUUGAAGUCUAAAUCUGGACCACGUUCAGAGAUACCAAAUGAUUAGGCUGAAAAAGGGAAAUGGGGUUCUUCGGUCUUUUUUUUUUUUUUUUCUCUUUCUUUCUUUUUUUUUUUUUUUUUUUUUUUUUUGGUCGAUGGGUUUUUUUUUCCCAUGAUGCUUUUCUCUACAGCCAGUGCAAACGGUGCUCAGUCACCCUUGCAUGUUGCCAACCGUAGGGCAGGAAGCGAUUACGUCUUUAUAUACAUGUAGGGCCACUUGCCUUUUAACCUUUGAUCUGUAUCUUGCAAUAGAAUGGCAUUGUUUUUGUUGUUACUCUCCUAGCUUCCCAACGUUAGCUACUUUACAAGAGGAAGCUUCCAAAUGGAUUUUGCACUCGUAGCAGCAUACAGGUCUUUCUGGUUCUUUCUCUGCCAUUUCAUUCUUAUGUCCUGAUAUAAGGUCCUGGCUCGUAGGGCCAGACUGUUAUUAUAGACUUAACUAUUCUCGCAUGUCAACAGAUAUCUUUGCUUUCAGAUGUGAGAAG